CUGGUCGCACUGCAAUAACACACAAUAUGGAGUAGAAAGAAUAGUCGAAUGCGGUUUCACUCAAAAAUAACAUUUAUCAGUUGGAUAGCGGAUAGUUGGAUAGUUGGAUUUUUUUUUAUCUCGAUCUCGGUUACGCGUAAACAAUGACAUAUGUUUAAUGAAAUAGACGAUGAAGUAACAAUUCGCGUUUACUAGAAACUGUGUCGCAAACUACAGUUAAUAUUACUAAAUUACAGGAUAAGCUACGGGUUUGGCUCAUUUACAAUACAGUACCUGGCGUUGGCAGUUGGAACUCCAUACCAUAGUUGAGUGAAACCCAACAAGUAUUCCCGUUUUCCUCGACAGGGUUUUUAGGUGAAAGGUUAAAAACAUCGCUCUAAGUAUUUCGCCGUUUAAUCGUGUAGCCUAUCAUACUGUCGUUGUGACUGAAGAAGUGGAUAUCCUCCAACAGUGAAUUUGCUUAAGAAGUGGGUAUACUGUGAGUCUACAAAAUAAUGAGUGUAAUUGCCUACACCCUUGAUUACACUUCUUAGACUUGACCACACGUCCCACUUUAUUUCUCCUCUUCACCAUCCUUUGCAUUGCAAGAAUGCGCAAUGUGGCAAAAGCUUCAGUGACUGUGGGCUCCCUGGGUCUGAUGCGCCUCCUCGGGGUGCCCUGGUCCUGGAGCCUGGCAGCAAGCUUCGGAGUCUACCUGGGCAUAGGUGGAUGGAAGUACUUCUACAUUGCAGUACGCACAGCCAAAAGAGACCUCAAUGGCCUCUAUGUGCUCUUGCAAGUGAAGUUGGCUCUGUGGCGGCACCUGCGUCGUCGAAGCAACAUCCCCUCCAUCUUUGCCCAGACAGUGAAGCUCCACCCUGAUAAACCAGCUCUGGUGUAUGAGGCCACAGGGGAGACAUGGACCUUCACCCAGUUGGAUCAGUUGUCCAACUCUGUGGCCCAGUGGGCACUGGCCCAGGGCUGGGUGUCUGGGGAUGUGGUAGCCCUAUUCAUGGAGAGCCGGCCACUGCAGGUGGCCCUGUGGCUGGGUCUGGCCAAGGUCGGGGUGGAGGCAGCUCUGAUCAACUUCAACCUGCGUCUUGACUCCCUCGUGCACUGUAUCGGUGUAUCCGCAUCACGAGGGAUUGUCUUUGGAGCAGAGCUUGCUGACGCUAUGCUGGAGGUCAAUUCUUCCCUGAACCAGUCCAUGGUACGAUUCUGCACAGGAGAGCUCAGUCCAGAUCGCCUGGCCUCUCUAGGAGCCCAGCCUCUGGACCCCAUCUUAGCAUCAGCAUCAAGACAGCCGCCUCCCCCCUGUUACCCUCUGAAAGGCUUCAAUGAUCGCUUGUUCUAUAUAUACACCUCUGGUACUACUGGCCUCCCCAAAGCUGCCAUUGUGGUACACAGCCGGUAUUACCGUAUCGCAGCUUUCGGAUACUAUGCCUUCCGCAUGCGCGCCGACGACGUCAUCUACGACUGCCUGCCCCUCUACCACUCGGCAGGUAACAUCAUGGGAGUAGGGCAGUGUCUCAUCAAUGGACUCACUGUGGUGGUGAAGAAGAAAUUCUCUGCCAGUCGUUUCUGGGAAGAUUGUAUCAAGUACAACUGCACUGUGGUGCAGUACAUAGGUGAGAUCUGUCGAUACCUCCUGUCCCAGCCCGUGCGUCCUUCUGAGAAGGGCCACCGGGUCCGUCUGGCGGUCGGGAACGGCCUCCGCCCCAGCGUGUGGGAAGCUUUCACGGAGCGCUUUGGCGUCGCCCAGGUCGGGGAGUUCUACGGAGCUACCGAAUGCAACUGUAGCAUUGCCAACAUGGAUGGCAAGGUGGGAGCGUGUGGGUUCAACAGCCGCAUCCUGCCCAACGUGUAUCCUAUCCGCCUGGUGAAGGUGGAAGAGGAGACCAUGGAGCUGGUGAGAGACAGCCAGGGCCUCUGUGUGCCCUGUCUCCCUGGCGAGCCAGGGCUGCUGGUGGGUCGGAUCAACCAGCAGGACCCGCUGCGGCGCUUCGACGGCUACGCCAGCCAAGACGCCACCAGGAAGAAGAUUGCGCACAAUGUCUUUAAAAAGAAUGAUUCGGCAUAUCUGUCAGGCGAUGUCCUUGUGAUGGACGAGCUUGGAUACAUGUACUUCCGGGACCGUAGCGGGGACACGUUCCGUUGGCGGGGGGAGAACGUCUCCACCACGGAGGUGGAGGGCACUCUGAGCACCCUGCUGGGCCAGGCAGACGUGGCAGUGUAUGGGGUGACAGUGCCAGGCGUGGAGGGAAAGGCAGGGAUGGCAGCUGUUGCGGACACAACAGGGAAUUUUGACUGUGCGGCUUUCCUGCAAGGGGUUCAACAGGCACUGCCCCCUUACGCUCGUCCUGUGUUUCUGCGAAUCUCACCACAAGUCGACACGACAGGCACAUUUAAGAUCCAGAAGACUCGGCUGCAGAGGGAAGGAUACGACCCGCGCUUCUCAACUGACCAGAUCUACUUUCUAAACUCCAGGGCAGGGCAUUAUGAGGCUGUGACGGAGGCUCUGCACAGCGCCAUAGUGGAGGGCCGGAUGUUUCUAUGAAAUUGAGUGGAGAGGCACUGUGAAGAGGGCCUCAACUGAACACGUACUGUAGAAAGAGGAGGCAGAGUGAUGCGAUGAGCUAUCCAUCCCAUCCGCCCUACACCAGCUACCUAGAUCUGAACCCUUCAGGGCCUCAUAGAUGGAAUGGCUACUGAUUAAUCAAUAGUCUCCAUGAAGUACUGUUACCAUUGUUUUAACACUGUAUGAAUAAUACCCCAGUUCUCACAAGAGGGAGUUUUACCUUUAUACUUUAUUUUGAAUUCCUCAGUUAGCCAAAUGAACACCGCUAAGCCUUUGAGCUACAAUGCACUUAAAGUUUGGAUUCUGUGGGUAUUACUUGAAGCGGUUAUGCUGUUAGAAGGAGCAGAUCUGCUGAUUAGAAGGUGAGUAAAAGGCAAAGCACCUUAGUUACAGAGUUUUAAUGAACAGAAAUGCCUCCAACCUUGCAGUUAUGUUCUACAAGCACAGUUUAGUUGAAAAUAACGUUUCACAGAUUUAGGAAAUACUUGACUGUCCAUGUUUGAGUGAGUUACUGUGUCGGUGAGACUGUGAGGUCGCACAUUAUGGGAAGCCACAUGCAAUGCGAACGCCCACAUUUACCACAACACAAGAUAUUUUUGAUUGCAAGAUUGCAUAAAACUAAAUAGACUCUUUAU